GCCUGUGAUGAUGAAGAGGAUAAACAUCAUAGUUCUCCAGAAGAAGAGAAUAAAUGCUGCUUCACUUUCAGUUUUGUACUUCAGUUUGACUGUGAGAGAGAACUUUUACAAUGUUGUUCAAUCAUGAUGUAAGUUGUGCUUCCUUUUGGUCGAGAUCCAAUAACCUUCAGAGUCUGAGGCUGACCAGAGAGAGAGAGAGAGAGAUGGGGGGGCAGGCACUAUUUUUACUCUUAUCAGCAUCACCAUAUUGUACAAGUACAUCCUCCUGUCCAGCAGAGAGCGGAAAGCUCUCUCUCUCUCUCUCUCUCUCUCUGUGUGUCUCUCUGUGUCUCUCGUCCAAUACUAGUUCAGCUCAACUGGUGUCCAGCUGGAGCAGCUUGUCUGUUGGUGAUGGGGGGCAGAUGGAGAGAGAGACAGGAACUCGUGCAUCACUUCUACACCAGCGCAGUGCUCCGUCAUUCCUGCAGUGAGGUCUCCGCUCCGUGUCUCUGAUCUUCACUGAACGCUGGAGAAACUACGGGAAGGAAACGUGAGGAGGAGAGCGAGGGUGCGAUUGCUUCACAGAAGACGACAGAGAAAGUGACCACAAACACGGACCGAACAGACAUCUGCAGACCUCCCCAUGAGGAGCGAUGAGAAGAAGCGAUCAUCAGUCUCCGGUCAUGAUGGAGAACGAGCCGCCCAUCUCUCCGUCUGUCCUCCAGCCCGUCAGUCCAGCUCGCUCGAGUUCCCCUGAUGCUGACGCGGCUCGAGAUGCAGAGAGCCGUACGCAUGCAGUCGAACCCGAGACGGACCCCCGCCGGAGCCCCCCCGCCGCCUCCUCGCCGUCCCUCCCGCCCAACAUCCCGGUCAUCAGCCUGGCUCACAGCAAACCGCCGCUGCCUGCGCUCUCCAUGCUGCGCCUGUCCCUGCUGCCUCCGGCCCUCCUGCAGACGCACCCCUUCAUCAGCAGCUCUUUCCUCGGACCAUCGGGAAGCUUUGGGAUCUUCGGGAAUGCUCGUAUGAAGAGACGGCCGUCCACACACUUCGAACUGGAGCUCAGUGACGGUCCUCCUCAGAAGAUGGCUCGGCGCGUCUUCACUAACAGCCGCGAGCGCUGGCGGCAGCAGAACGUAAACGGAGCUUUCUCCGAGCUCCGCAAACUCAUCCCGACCCACCCGCCUGACAAGAAGCUCAGCAAGAACGAGAUCCUGCGCCUGGCCAUGAAGUACAUCAGCUUCCUGGUGCAGCUGCUGAAGGACCAGACGAGCGGUCAGCGUGAGGACAGAGACUCCUCGGGCUGCGUGACGGUCUCCUCGGGCUCCAGCUGUUACGGGGACACAGACAGCGAGGAAAGCACGGGGACCUGCGGCAUCCAGACCAAACACAGCGGAGGCAUCACGGAGAAGGUGCAGGAACAGAUACUGACGGUCACUGCGAGCAGCUACCAGCGCUGACCAGCUCAAACUGACCCGCUGGAGAAACGUUUAACCAGGGUUGCCAGGUUUUCACAACAAAACCCACCCAAGUGUUACUCAAAACACUAGCCCAAUCGUGUUUCGAGGGGUAAAAUGCAUGGUUUAUUGUGGGAUUCCCCUGGUAAAAUUCACAUUUUAGGGGCUAAAUAUCACGUUAUUGUGGUUGCUUAAACCCGUGGACAUGAAAACCCCUAGCCCAAUUCCACAGACUUGGCAACAGUGUGUUCAAUCCUCGACACAUAGAAACUGUGUGGUGUGACGCGAAUAAAGCAAUAAUCCCCGUGAAGCCGUGGUUUACAGUGAAUUUAUAACAGCUAAGGGCC